AUGAUUUCUACCUGUUGGAAGGCUGCAUCUUGCUUUGUGGCCUUGUUCUGAGACCUCACUGCAAAAGAAUGGGAGCUUGGCUCUUUUAGGGUGUGAGUUUUAGAUGUGGUACAGGUCCCGUAAACAAGGAUCAAGGUAGCUAUUUUGCCCCAUAACAUAUAGGUAAUCCUCGAAUUGCGACCACAAUGGAGCCCAAAAUCUAUGUUGCUAAAUGAAAACAUUUGUUAAGUGAGUUUGACCGAUUUUACAACUUUUCUUGCCGCUGCCGUUAAGCGAAUCGUGGAGAUCGUAUGACCCCGGGACACUGCAACCGUCAUAAGUACGAACCAAGUUGGCAAGCGUCUGAAUUUUCAUCAUGGAACCAUGGGGAUCCUGCAACGGUCGAGAUGCAGAGGAAGAACCAAGAAUCAGGGAGUGUUCGGUAUAUAUACAAGGGAGGAGUGGUCAGAGACGCCUUGCUGGCAGAUCUGGAAUCCACUACCUCCCAUAUCUCCAAACGGCCGGUGUUUCUGUCGGAGGAAACCUCGUAUUCCUAUCCAACUGGAAAUCACACCUACCAAGAAGUUUCUCUGCCUCCGCCGGUACCACCUCCACCUACCACCGAGGCCUUAAACGGGACCGUCAGCAUCUCUUUGGAGCAAUGGAACCCCGUCCUUCCGAGAAAUCCUCCCCAACAGCCGCCGUCUCAAUCUCCUAUGUAUAGUGCCAGUGCCUCGGUGCCCAGAGAGUGUGCCAUCUCUCCUUCGCGUGCCAACGACGAGGAACACGUCUAUAGUUUCCCCAACAAGCAGAAGUCUGCAGAACCAUCUCCUACCCUGAUGAGCUCCUCCUUAGGCAAUAACUUGUCCGAACUGGAUCGGCUCCUCCUGGAAUUGAACGCUGUGCAGCACAACCCCUCACCUGGCAGCCCCACAGAUGAGAACGCAGGAGGAAGCCCCUCGCGGCCUGGUGGGACCGGCUCCCCCUACAGCCUCCUGGAGAACACUACCUCUUUGGCCGCACAGCCCGCAGCCCCAGGGAAAGAGAAGCCCAAGUGGAAUGGGGGGCCGGGGGUGGAAGAAGUGUGCCCCAGCGUGGAGAGCCUUCUGGAUGAACUGGAAAGCUCGGUGCCUAGUCCUGUACCAGCUAUUACUGUGAAUCAAGGAGGGAUGAGCAGUCCUCAGCGUUUCGCCUCCAGCCAGCAACAGACCCGCAUAUCUGCCUCUUCAGCAACCAGAGAGCUGGAUGAGCUCAUGGCUUCCCUUUCAGACUUCAAGACCAGUUCCACCAUAUCUCUGUCCUCUGAGCCUUCCCUACCGCUGUCUUCUGGACCACCUGUCCCAUCCCAUACGGUGCCACCACCACGUGCCUCAAAGCCCCACAGGGCAAAACACGAUGGGCCUCACCCCAGUUCCGAGGCCCCUCUUGAGUUGGAGGUCCUACACAUUGAUGAGAAAAGCAGUGGUUUAGCGGUAGCCGCGAUCCCAGAACUUCCUUCCAAUGUUUUGCAUCGUCACCCCGCCGGACCUUGGACCAAGCCCCCCCUUGGUAAAGCUUCUGCCCCCCGCCCAAGCUCCGAUGGACCCAGCAAAACCCCUCCUGAGAAGUCACACGUCUCUUCUUCAGAGCCCGAGUUGUUAUGGAUUGGUGCGGAUGGUGCGGGAACUCAAAAAAACAUGGAGCCAGGAGGACCUUGGAAGGAGGAGAACCUCAACGGCGAAGACAUUCCUUCAGUUCUGAGCAGGGGUUCGAAGAGGCCAGCCCCCCAAGAAGAGAAGGCUCUCUUCCACCCCAAAGCUCCUUUUUUCAAGGAGAACGGAAUGAGGACAGUGGGUUACACCAGGCAGAGCAAUUCAGAAACGUCUCUGUUGGUGCCGAGAACGUCCCUCAAGAAGGACGUUCACGUCGGUCCCCCCGAUCUUUUUAAUGUAGAACGGUGGGAGAGUUUUCCAGGCUGGGCUGUCCAGCAGGCCUCGAACCACAGGCCCGAAAUCCGAGAUCCGGUGAGGGCAAACAGCUGUCCUGAUGUGGCCGAGAGGGGAUCCAGAAAGAACAGCCUUCCCAACGGUGUCGCGGCUGCGUCGAAGGCCGCCGAACGUAUCCGGGAAGAAGAACGGGACCGUAGUAUCGCUGAUCCUACAAUCUCCGUGGAGAGAAUAUCCACUUCGAGCCAGAUCAAGUCCGUGAUCAGGAAAACCAAAGAGAUCUCCAAUGUGCAUCCCAUGUGCCGCGAUCUGUCGCCGCGACGCAAGCUGGGCCCGGUCCUCUUCCAUAAAACCGUCUCCCAAGACCGCCUGAUCGAAGAGCUUCAAGACAGGCUGGGCAUCAGCAAAGCCGAAGACGAAGAACGUCAACGGAGUCCCGACGACUGGUUGACCGAGGGGGUCAUCAUCACCUCCAGGCCUCAGAAGAAGGACAAAGAUGGUAGUCAACGAAUAGAAAAGGUUAUUAUUCCUGCUACGUCACCCCUUCCUUUGAGAAGAACCAUCUCUGUCCCACCUUCUCCUCCACCGCAGAUCCUUCCUAAAGAUGUCUCCAAGACCGCUUCCGUCAACGCCACUCUUGGCUCUUCUCUUCCAUCUUCUCCUCCUCCGCCACCACCUCCCUUGCCCUUGCCCACAUCGCCACAUAUCCCUCAGCUGCACUAUGUGCCGUCCGUCCAUCCGACUCAGCCUCCCGUCCCGUGGGAAAUGCUGUUGGAAGAAAUUUCCCCCCAGCAUGCACCAAUUCCCACGCGGCCCACCGCAGCGGCUCUUUCCUCCAAAGGCUCCGUGUCGGUUAGCUGUCAAACAGAAGAGGCUCCCUCCUUCCCACCACCACAGAAGGUCCUUCCUAUUCCAUCUUUGGAUCACCUCCUUGCUACUCGCCCACCUACUCCCGAGAAGUUUAUGUCCCAGGGGAAAGGAGCUGGCAGCUAUCCGUCCACCACCCCUCCAAAACCCGGCAGCCAGUUGGACAGCAUGCUUGGAAGCCUCCAGUCUGACCUGAACAAACUCGGAGUAGCUACGGUCGCCAAAGGUGUCUGCGGAGCUUGCAAGAAGCCAAUUGCCGGGCAGGUAGUCACAGCCAUGGGGAAGACGUGGCACCCCGAGCAUUUCGUUUGCACCCACUGCCAGGAGGAGAUCGGCUCCCGCAACUUCUUCGAGCGCGACGGCCAGCCUUACUGCGAGAGAGAUUACCACAACCUCUUUUCCCCUCGCUGUUACUACUGCAACGGUCCCAUCCUGGAUAAAGUGGUGACGGCUUUGGACAGGACAUGGCACCCCGAGCACUUCUUCUGCGCGCAGUGCGGAGCCUUCUUUGGCCCUGAAGGCUUCCACGAGAAAGACGGCAAAGCCUAUUGCCGUAAAGAUUACUUCGAUAUGUUCGCGCCCAAAUGUGGCGGCUGUGCCCGAGCCAUCUUGGAGAACUAUAUCUCGGCCUUGAAUACUCUCUGGCACCCCGAGUGUUUCGUCUGCCGGGAAUGCUUCACCCCAUUCAUCAAUGGCAGCUUCUUCGAACACGACGGGCAGCCCUACUGCGAAGUGCAUUACCACGAACGCCGCGGCUCGCUCUGCUCCGGAUGCCAGAAGCCCAUCACGGGCCGUUGCAUCACCGCCAUGGCUAAGAAAUUUCACCCGGAACACUUCGUCUGCGCCUUCUGUCUCAAGCAACUCAACAAGGGAACCUUCAAAGAGCAGAACGACAAGCCUUACUGCCAGAACUGCUUCCUGAAACUCUUCUGCUGAGGCUCACCUCACCAUCCGUGGUGUCUCCUGCCAGGAAACCCUCGCCUUAUUUUGCGGCGGGUCGUCCCGCGUCCAGCAACUUGAGCGGGUUGAUGUAGGAGAUGAGGAAGAAGAGGAAUUGUGUGUGUGUGUGUGUGUGUUGUGUGAAUGUGAAUGAGAUGCUCGCGGCUGCUCUGGGAAGGUGGAUGAUCAUCCAGAGAAAAGAGGCACAAGGGACUUACGGAGGUUGGAUCUACUCCAACUUCUCCUCCGUUGGAGAACAGGGGAACCAGACUUCCCUGCAUUCUGAGCCAGCUUUGUUUUGGGAUUUGGGGAACUCUGGUUCCAUGACGUCGGCACGCUAAGAUGCCAAGGUUUUGGAAGAUGCCCAAGUCCGAAGAGAUAGUUGAGUAGGAAGAUGGGUCUUCAUGACAUCUGAGAGCCACGAAGGACGGUUGGGGUGGGUUUGGUGGACACGGGGUUAGUCAUAAAUUGAAGCAAAAUUCACUUCCCGAAUGUCCCACUUAGCCACACGGGGCUCAAUUGCGGUCGUAAGUCGAGGACUACCUGUAUUUACAACGGUUGCAGCUUCCCGGGGUCAUCUGAAUGCCUCUUGCAACCUUCCCAGCCGGUUUCGGGCAAGCAAAUUCAAAGGGCGAAGCCGGAUUCACUUAACAACUGAGUGACUCACUUAAGAGCCAGGGCAAAAUAGUUGUAAAAUUGGCUGCCUUGCUGGAGCAAUAGAAAUCCCGAUCUUAAUUCUCGUUGUCAGUCGAGGAGUUCUGUUAUAUUUUGUGGUUGCACCCGAGAGAAGGGAGAAGCGUAAAAAACCACGAAUUUUGACUUUUUUCGGUUUUUUGCCUUUUUGAUUCUUCUCCAGCCCGUCUCUCGUGCCUGUGUAAGAUUCUCCCCAGACAGGACCUUCUGAGCAAUAAUUUCAAAACUUUUUAUAUCGACGUAACAAUUUCAUAAAACCUUUGAUGUUCUGCUCGAGCCUUUUUUCCCCCCUUCCGGGGUAUUUUUGAUUGUGAGAUAACACAACUUUUUUGCUAUUCAGCCGAAUGCUGUGUGUUUGGGUGAGGAAUGUGGCGUGUUUUUUUUUUUUUUACACUGGGCUUUGAACGCAUAACAAAACAAGAAAAAACAAAGCUUUUAAAUCUCUUAUAUGGAAAUUUUAGUUUUAUGAACAAUUUUUCGACGGAUGCUUUUUAUAAGUAUCUGGGUUUUUUUCCCCGGGCAGGACCCUAAUCUUUGUUAGUUUCCUGUCUUGAUGAGCCUUGACGCUUUCUUAAAACCAACUAUUAAUUAUAUAUAAAUAUAUAUAUAUAUAUAAAUCCUUUUUUUAAAAAUAGGGGAGGUCGGAGAACUGGAGGAAUCUAUUAGGAGUGUGUGUGUAUAUUUCCUUUCCUUUUUUUCUUUUUCCUUCUCUUUUUGCUUAUUAAGUAGUUUUGUACGGAUCAGGGUUCAACUGGAAUGGAUUUUGUAAAAACAAGCCAAGACGAGAGAAAGACUUGUUCGUCUUGCCUUCUCCUGGAUUUUCAAAAGAGCCUUAAGUCAGGGGUGGGCUUCAAAAAUUUUAGCAAGGGGUUCUCUGCCCCGUUGCUGGGUGGGAGUGGCCAUGGUGGGCGUGGCCUAGUCAGCCUCCUGCACCACAGUGCGGGGGGGGUUGCCCUCCCCGGGCUCCGGAGGCUUUUCUUGAGCCUCCGGGAGGGUGAAAACGGCCUCCCCAGGUUCUGAAGGCCAGAAACAGGCCCGUUUCCGGCCUUCCUGAACUUCCGGUACGCCUGUUUUUCGCCCUACCUGAGCCUCCGUGCGCACCCUGCACAUACCUGCAUCCAAAAUGGGUCGCGUGGGGACUCCUGGGAGGGGCGGGGCGGGAUGGGGUGGGCGGGGCCAGCCAGGCGUGGGAUUUGAGGGUUCUCCAAACUGCACAGAAUCUUAGCUAGAGGUUCUCCCGAACCCCCAGCGGCUGACCCUUGCCUUAAGUUCACUUAAAAAGCACACCUAUUAAGAUAUUUGCUUUUAAGUUCAGAUGUUGCUGUUGGGAUGUGGUUUGCCAUGUAGAUUUUACCCUUUGACAGAUAGAAUUUUUCAUUCCUUUUUGCCUCACUGGUUCGGGGUCCCGUAUGAUAGAGACAAGCUACGAGGGGGGGCGGUGUCUCCUUUUAGGAUCAAACUGGCGAUAUCCUCUCCCACCUACUGCGGAAAUCGGUUGCUGCUGGGAAAAAUGUCCUGCGCUGUUCCAUGCAGCCGAGUCUUCAAUGCAUUUUUGCAUGGAUUCUCCGAUUUUUUUUUUUUUUUUUAGGGAGAAAGGUUUUUCAAAACCUGAGAGGCGGUCGGUGGUUAAGAUGCUGGGUUUGUCAGCUGCAAAAACCGGCAGCCCAUGUUUGAGACCCGAGCGCCACACGACAGGGCGAGCUCCCAUCCCUGCCUCUGCUCCUGUCCACCUAGCAGUACGAAAGCAUGCAAGCGCGAGUAGAUCAAUAGGUACCACUUCGGUGGGAAGAUAACAGCGCUACCGUGACGUCAUGCUGGCCGCACGACGGCGGAAAGGUCUUCGGACAGCGCUGGCUUCAACGGCCUUGAAACGGGGAUGAGCAGCGCCCCCUAGAGUCGGCAACGAUUAGCAGAAUAAAAUCUGCAGGGAUUUCAUUACCGUUCCUUUCCUUAUUAUUAUUUUUUUCCCUUUUGUUUCCAAAGCCUGAAUUUGGGCUGAAGGUUCUUUCAAAAUCCCAGCUGUUUUAUUUUGCUUUCAACACGAGAAUGGUUUGAUCUGUUAGAACAAAAAAAAAUAAAAUAUGUGCCUUUUCCCUCGUUUUCUGUGCUUUUCAAAGAACAUUUCCCAUCUUUUUGGGGUGGACUAUCCUAUGUUACUGUAGCUUUGGCAAUAGAGGCAUUUUUUUUUUGUUAAAAAAUUCCUGUGCUUCACUCCCUUUAAAAAAAACAAACACAACCAUAACUCUUUAAGUGCCUCAAAAUGAAGUGGCUCUUGAUGAAAACUUCAGCUUUUGUGCUCAGGAAGAGAAGGAGAGGUUUUCCUGUGGAAUUAUAUAUUUCUCUCCCCCCCCUCUCCAUUUUCUGUAUUCCUUUUUUUGCAAUGUGUUCUUUUCCCCCCCAAAAGUCCCUGUGAUGAUGCUAAAUAAAAGAUUUGGAAAUCA